AUGCCUGCGUCUCCCUCAUGGCGGAAGUUGACAAGGGUGAAUCGGUUUCAUUGAAAGUCAUUUAAAUCAGUCUGUACGCAGUGUUUCAGCAUCGCUGGACAGAAACAUGUUAUAAUUAUAUUUGCGGUAAAUAACUAAUGGGCCGUUUGUGAUUUUGAACUCUUUUAGUGAACUUCGUUUUACCUCCAUAACUGACCAACACUUUACUGUACCUCAGUUAUACUUGUUCAGCCCUUGUCACUUCGAAGAUGGUGAGGAGUUUGUUACGAAUAUUAACGGGUUGCCAGCGCUUUGCUACAUCUCCAUCCGUGUACCCUCACGCCUGCCCUUUUACUUGGCUGUCAUUCAGAAGCAGCUUUAUGCGGACCAUGGUGACACUGCCAUUCUCAUUUCCGCUCAAGCCUCGGGACUUCAGUUUGCCGAAUUCAUCAUGGAAUGCAGAGAUGAUGCGCCUGUAUGACUACUACAACAGCCAAUGCGAGGUGGAAAAUGAAGCUGGAGAGAAACAGCGAGGACCCUGGCGGAGAGUGCCUAGUUAUAAUCGCACCCUCAAGUAUGCCACAGGAGGAGCCUAUCUCAGCAAACUCAUCCAGUCCAAAAAUCGCCUUUUUACACGCAGCAUUAAACCUACAGGAGCAGCAUUUGAGUAUGUUAUAUUUAUUAACAAAGAAGAGCAAAGGAGUGUUUGCAUUUUUCAGGCUGGACAUCUAUUGGAGGGCCCACCAGGGCAUGUCCACGGGGGGGCAAUAGCCACUAUGAUUGAUUCUGUUACUGGCGCUCAUGCAGCUUUCCUUUCUGGAGCAGUGAUGACUGCCAAUCUCACUAUUAAUUACCGCAGGAAGGCAGGAAAACUUUCAUUUCCUGUAAAGUGACGAGCACUGAUGGCUCCAAGUUGCACACAGAGGCAACAGCACUCUUCCUGUCUAUCAAAGUCAGCCAGUUAUUGGGAAUGUGACACAAAGCAACUACAUUUCAACAAGUGGAGGCCUUUUUAGUGUUUCUCUGAGUGGUGUAUUAUGUUUUAAAAAAUAUUUAUAAGCAUUUAGAAGUUUAUUUGCCAAGUUAUUUUCGAGAGUUGUUUCUGUACAUGUGUGAUUUGGUGACAAAUGGAAAGCACGUUUACCUCAUAGAUUGUACGAGGUGUAAGAGUGAGUUUGUAUGUUCUCCCCUUGUUUGCGUGAGUUCCUUCUGGAUGGGCUUUGUCACCCAUCCAGAAAUGCAUUAGGUUCAUUCAAUAACCCUGAUCUUCCCACCCUGCAACCCUCUAAACUACUUGACAAGGUGUCAAGGGUGGCGAUCAGUCCAUGGUGUACCCUGUCGCUAGGCCUGUUUAAACUGGGAUAGACUACUGUUCACCAGGACCCAAAUGAGCCUUGGUGAUCGAGAAAAUGGUAUAAUGGAUGGAUGAACCUCUGUAUAUUUGACAGGUAACACUUUACAUUAUGUUAGAAAGGGACUACCUCAUGUUUUACUAACCAUUAGUGUUUCACUGAUACUAUUUUUGGCUCCCAACACACAGCUGUGUGGUUUCAGCUGAUGCCAAUACUGUAUCGAAUCUACCGAUGUGCGUUUUUCUUUUUAAUGGGGAACAAAUCUUUUUUUAAAACUGAAAUACUGCAUACUCACUUGAAGGUAAAGUUAUUGCUAUCAUGGCUUGGUCAUACACUGUUAAACUAUUGUAAUUUCCAGACUUUAAACCGCUUUUUUGCGGUUUAUAUCUUGAUUGAUUUGUGUUACUACGUAACACUUUAUUUGACAGCGGUGUCAUAAGACUGUCAAAAAACCAUCAUAAUUAUGACCGGACACCGUCAUGAGCAUUAAUGAAUGCUUAUGACCCAUGUCAUUAAGUGUCAUCCGGCAAUGAAAUCUGACACUUUGUCAUAAUGACAUCUGUCAUAAGCAUUCAUUAAUGCUCAUGAAUAGGAGUGGGAACCUCUUGGUACCUCACGAUCAGAUACGGUUUGCGAUACAAAGCUCACGAUAACGAUGAUCUGACAAUACGGCGAUACAACGAUUAUCGAUACAUUGGUCAGGAAAUCAUUCUAGGAUAUUCUAAAAACAACAAAUUAACAGAAAAACAAGCUUCUGCUGUGAAUUGGAAUGAGUUUAUCGCUAGUAGACGUCCAAUCCAUUUGAAAUGGGAGGGUGGCAGCGAAUGAAAGUUCGUUCGCUGCCAUCCUUCCCACUUCAAACGGAUUGAACGUCUAUGGCCGUCAGUAGGAGCCAAUGCUAGGCAAUGAGGUAAUUUUGGGCCAUUUAAGGUCAUUUACCCAUUUACCUGUUGAUUUUCAGUUACUUCCUGUUGAUUUUGGGGUAUUUUCUGGGUCAUUUCCUGUUCAUUUUGUGUUACAGAACAGGAGGGACCUGGGAAUCACCAAAAUGAAUAGGCAGUGACUCAAACUCAACAGGAAAUGACCUGGAAAUGCCCUAAAAUGAACAGCAAGUGACCUACAGUAUAAAUGCCCUAAAAAUCUGACAGAAUGACCGAAUGCUCUGGUUUUGAAUGAACAAACGUUCCCAGUCUAAUUGGAUUGGGUGUUGAGCACCGUCAAGGCCUUUAGAGUUAACUGAAACACUACUAUGGUGGAAGAUUUUGGUAGCAAUUUGUUGGUUCCUUUUUUUUUUUUUUUUAAAGACAUUGACACCUUUUAAAAAUGAUAUCUCGAUUCUUGCAGGAGCAUAUCGAUAACCUUUUGGGAUACAAAAUAUCACGAUAUAUCACCAAUUCGAUAUUUUGUCACACCCCUACUCAUGACAGCGUCCUGUCAUAAUUAUAACGAUCUUAUGACGCUGCUUUCAAAGUGUUACAGGUUAAUUUAUAUCUUUUGGUGUAAAUAUCCCAUAAUACAUUGAGGACAGCUGCGGCUUAUAGUUUGGUGCGGCUUAUCUAUGAACAAAUUCCGUUUUCGUGUCAAAUUUGGUGGGUGGUGGUUUAUAGUCAGGUGUGCCUUGUACUUUCGAAAAUUAUUGUAAUUGUCUGCCAUUGACAGCGCUAGAUGUCCAAUCCAUUAGAAGUGGGAGGGUGAAAACAAAUGAACGUUGAACGUUCAGUAGUGAACAUUCAUUCGCUGCCACCCUUCUUUUUCAAAUAGAUUGGACGUCUACUAGUGAUGAACUCAUUUCAAAUCACAGCAGAAGGAUGAUUAGAUGUCUAACAUCAUAUUAGGGAGGGGAAUAAGAUAAUUUUUUCCACAGAGGCGUGCAUAGAUGGCGGCCAUCUUGGUAGGGUUUGGAAACGUCAUCUCGAAAAGUAUAUAUUGCGCAGCAUCAACGCAUUUUUCUUAGUAAUUGUUGAAACUGAUCACGCCAUUUUAUUCCUGUAUUGGUACAGAUACUAGGCUUGGUAUCAGUGCAACACUACUAACAACAUCACAUAUCUAAUCACUAUUUAUGAAACCAUAAUUUUCCUAACUAUGUAUCUACUGACUGCAUUGAAUACAUAAAAUUGCACCUUUCAGUAUGUCAUUUCUUCAAUGAUAAAGCUUUGCAAAUGUGUGAGUUAUUUAGAAAUUCAGAGUUUAUGGUGCUGGACUUUCUAAAAGAGACAAACAAUGCAACUUUACAGAAGUUUCCUUUAUGCUCUUGCAGACCCUGUUUGUGUUGCACAAUUCACAAUGUUUUGCACUAUUUAUUAGUUACAAUGCUGACAAGGCACACAAACGCACGCGCUUCUUUAAGCGCACGCAGUUCUGUGGUUUGUCGGUCCUAUGGGGCCCCCCUCACUUUAACCUCAGUUGUACGCAGUUGGAAAAGCUACCUUGCUAUCUUCCAACAUAUUACAGAUAUGUGUGCUGAAGCUCUUGUGUGCUCAUAUGUGGUCAAGUGUGUUGAAGGGAAAGCAGUGCUGCUUGUUGUUUUCGGUUGAAAAUUCUUUAUCACACUCGCCCAGAGCUAAAACAAAUAUUAUUGUUCACCUGUUUUUGGUUUCCUUCAUGAUGUGGUAUUGAAGAUUUCUUAUAAUGAGGUGAGGUGAUGUGACAUUGCUCACUAGACAAUUCAACACAAAGGCUGUGUUUGAAACAGUGCUUUUCUCAACUCAAAGUAUUACUUAGAUCACAACAAUAAUAUAUUUAUUUUUGGAAUUUAUAUUGUAGGUUUAGUUCCUUCAGUUUCGUUGUUGUAAUGUAUUCAGUUUUUAUAUACUUUUAAAAUUAUUUGACUUUAUAUUGUUUAAGUUGGAGUACUGAUGUGACAAGAUUUUUUUUCCUGCCAGUUUUCCUGAGUUAAGUGGAUCUUAAAGGGGGUUCUGUUUGGAUGACAAACAUUAGAAAGGUGGCAAUGUGAGUCAUUGAUGACAGAGCUGCAAGGGCCCUGGAAGAAUCUUUCCUCCAGGGUGUGUUGUGUGUGUGUGUGUGUGUUUUUUUUUUUUUUUUUUAAAGGAAAAAUAGAACUAUAAUAAUGUAAUUUAUCAAAUUCUACAAUAUUUGCAUAAUCAAAUUAAAGUUUUUGUGCCACAAGAAAAUGUGAGUAUUGUUACAUUACCUGUCUACAUUUGUUGCUUCACUGUU